GUCAUGCAGUUCCUGCUUAGACGGGGAGCGGAUCCCAACGCCACUGUUCGCAAUGGAACCACGCCCCUCUGCUGGGCGGCCAGGCGCGGCCAUAUCGAGUGUGUCCGAUGUCUCUUGGAUGCGGGGACGGUCGAGUAUGAUAUUCGCCACAGAGGCCCAUCGCACCUAGCGAUCAUCCGUCCUCUCGCAUGGAGUACAGAAGGGGAGCAUUACAAAGUACUCGACCUUCUUCUCGAGCGAACGGACUAUUUUCCACUUAUAGCAGAGCCGGGUGAAAAAGCUGCAUUUCUAUGCAUUGCAGCCGCAUGUGGAAAGACUACUAUGGUUCGAGAUCUUCUAGAACGCCAUGGGUAUGAUGCUAAUGGUCGAUACAUCGCGGGCGACUCUUUUAUGUCAGACGAGCUCCCCACAGCGCUAUGCUGGGCAGCAGAUCGAGGCCAUGCCGAGGUUGUUGAGUUGCUACUUUCUCAUGGAGCUGAGAUGUCCCCGGCCCCAGGUCGCUACGACUUCGGAAAAGAUUGGAGACCAUUUUCCAGAGCAAUCGGCAAGGGCUUCGAGCCCAUCGUUGCAUUGCUUCUUGCAGCGGGCGUUGAUCCAAAUUCGAAAAGCGGCAAGAACAAUUCUGCUCCGUCUGCACUGGAGAUGGCCAUUCCGUUCGAGAGCAUCUUUCGCCGCCUGCUUGAGGCGGGGGCCGAUCCGACAGCGGCAUCGCUCGCAUCGAGGGUAGUAUCUUCUGGUCGAACGGCGGAAAUACAGAUGCUGCUGGACUCGGGGCUCGACUUAGCGCAACACAUGGGUAGUUCUUCCUUCCUCAACUCAGCAAUCGAGGGCGGUCACGCUGUUCUCGACUUCCUCCUCCAACAGGGCAGAUGGGACGAGCUAUUUUCACCAAAAAGCCUAGGUGCGUCCGAAUGUGAAAAAGCCCUCAAGUCAGCGGCUUGGCGAGGAAGACCGGAUGUCGUCCAGUGGCUUCUGGAUCGAGGGUUUCUCGCUUGUGCUAGAACUGGGACAUGGGCGCACCUCAUCGUCGAUGCCGCGCGUUCUUUUGCGGAGGACGCAGAAGUAAACGCCACCAUUGACCUGAUCAUCCAGUACGCCGCAGAUAUAAAUGAAGAAAUAGAUCUAUCUACAGUUCACCUGCGCUGGUCCUCAUUUAAGACCACUAGGGCACAUAUGCUGUUUGAUCGAGGUACCACCACAUUGCACCAGCGCCACCAGUUCCACUUGGCCCUAUGUGAAGCUGUUCUAUUUUGCGAUUGCGACAUCCUCGAGAGGCUCCUACAGGGGGUCGAGGCGAGGGGCGACCCUUGGGCAAGCGUUGCUUUCCACAUACACAUGGCAGAAGAAAGUGCGAGGGAAAGGAGUAGGAAGGGGACGCUGUAUGACGGUCGGAGGUAUGACGGUGGGAGGUUUUUCAAGAUCUUGCGGCAGUAUUCUUGGAGAUUGCGUUACCCUGUCAAUUCCUAG